AUGGUUCACUGUUUCCAAGCAUUUGAUUACAAUGGGUUAAUUGAAUUUGAUAGUUUACAGUUGCUGGUCAAACCGCUGCCAAUCAGUGAGUCGCUCUGCGGGCGGAGCGCAUUGUUCAAAAUCCAAACGCAGUCGGGUAAACUAGCUCAGCUGAGGCGCGUCAGAGGGCUUCGGAUUCGAGGAGAAGGUAAGCAUGGCGCUGUCCUCCCAUAUGGAUGCCCCUUUGAUGAGGACGAGGAAAUUGCUGUGUUUGAGUCUACGGCAGCAGAGCAUGGAGGCCUGUCCAGACCACGUCUACCUGAGAUCUCUGUCAUUUCCCCCGGCCUGGACACCCGGCCUUCCAUUACAGAACUGGUGAGCGUCGACAGGAAACUAGCAGUGAAACCUGCAGCGGUGAGACAAGGAAGCCGCGAUGAAGGGAACACAGAGAGGGUGAAGGUUUUUCUGCGUAUCCGGCCUCUUACGGAGACGGAGAAUUGCAGGGGAGAAGAACAGGGUUGUGUGGCUGUCCAAGAUGAAGAGACUCUGCUGCUCAAAGCUCCAAAAGAAUCUCAGAACAUGAGGACCGCAGAGAGGGGCAUCACCCAGAGCAUGCACAAGUUCAGUUUCUCAAAGAUCUUUGGGCCAGAGACCACACAGCAACAGUUUUAUGAGUGCACGAUGAAGAAUAUGGUGAAAGAUGUGCUUCAUGGAGAAAACCGACUCCUCUAUACUUAUGGUGUCACCAAUUCUGGAAAGACUUACACUAUUCAGGGCAGUGGGCGAGAGGCAGGCCUCCUGCCCCGGGCUUUAGCGUCUCUGUUCAGGAAACUGCAGGGCCGUCUCUAUGGUGCCAUGGACCUAAAGCCUGUCAUGUAUCAGGAUGUGAGGCACCUUGACUCCGGAGAGGUCAGGGUGGAGGAAAUCCGCAGAAACUCUCUGCUCAAAGAGGUAAACAGAAGAACACAUUUUAAAGGCUGUGUGAAAUUAAAAAUGAUGAGAACCUGGACCUCUCGUCGAGGUGGUACCACUACAACCUGGGACAGCGGUGUUGGAGGACUCUCCUCUACAAGUCACAUGGCCACCCUGCUUGAAGACACUGACAGUGUUUGUCUGGAGCCGGACAGCCUUUCAAACAGUGGAGGAGAUGAUCUGGAGGAAGGGGUGCAGUUUUCUAUCUGGGUGUCCUUCUACGAAAUCUACAACGAGUUCCUUUAUGACCUACUGGAUGCUUCGCCCUCCCUGCUGCCCAGAAAAAGGGUCACACUGCGGCUGAGUGACGACAAGCAGGGCAACCCUUAUGUGAAAGACCUCGCCUGGAUCCAGGUCCGCAGUGCCGAGGAAGCUUGGAGGAUUCUGAGGGCUGGACGUCGUAACCAGAGCUUCGCCAGCACUCACCUAAACCAAAACUCUAGCCGCAGCCACAGCAUUUUCUCCAUCCGUGUCCUGCACGUCCGCCCAGAGGCAGAUUCAGCCCAGGCCAUGCACAUCAGCGAACUGACUGUGUGUGAUCUGGCUGGGUCUGAACGUUGUAAAGAGCAGCGUAACGGUGAGAGGAUGAAGGAGGCCAACAACAUCAACACCUCCCUUUUAACACUUGGACGCUGUAUUGCUGCUCUGAGGCACAACCAGAACAACAAAUCGCGAGCCCCUCAAGUGGUGCCCUUCAGGGACAGUAAACUUACCCGGGUCCUGCAGGGUUUCUUCUGUGGCCGAGGAACCUCCAGCAUGGUGGUCAACAUCAACCCGUGUGCCCCCAUAUAUGACGAGACACUCCAAGCCCUCAAAUUCUCAGCUAUUGCUACUCAACUGGUCCAUGGCCCGUCAACAAAGACCAGAGUGGCCUACAUCCUGUCCCUACUGCGUGAGCCAACACGCGGAAACGACAGCACGGUGAUGGAAGAGGAUGAGGAUGAGAGUGAUGUUGAAGACGGAGAUAUCACCAUGUUAAAUACUGAGGCUUUGCUGCAGGCUAUUGAUGUCCUGAAAAGAGAGGUGCAACGCCAGCGGGAAGAGAAAGAGGUUCUUGAGGCAAAUGUGAGAGAGCAGGUGGUCUCUGAGAUGAUGGAGGUCAUUUCUGGAAUGCAAGAUGGAUUCAGUGAGACCUUGGAGGCAGAGAGGGCUCUAAUCGAAGAGAGGUACGAAGACAAGAUAUCCAGCGUGCAAAAACAUUUGAAGAUAUUCUACAGCCAGAUGCUGACGGAGCGUGAUCAGGAGAUUGAAGCUUUGUCCGCUGCCCUUGAAAAAAACAAGGUAGCUGAGCCGGUACGCGUGUCAGUGCCACAGGGAGACUUUGAAGGGCCUCGACGUUCUCAGCGUCUCACUACUCAAACAGAAUUUGGCAGACUUCAUGUCGAGCUUGACCAGUGUCGUGCUGAGCUACUCACCAAGACACAAGAGCUGACAAAGCUGAAGAGACAGCUAGAAGUCCCAGGUUCAACAGGCACCCUCCCUGGUGCUGCUGACCGCAAGCUGGAGGACGGUCAACGGAAUCUGCGUCAGCUGCGCCUGGAUUUGCAGAGGCUCGGGGCGGACCUGCAGUCUGGUGAACGAGCCUGCUGUCGCAACACAGGAGGGGAAAGGCUGCGGCAAGCACUAACAGCUGCAGAUGAGACACUGGCCAAACAGGACCAGAUCCUAUUGGACCUCCAGAAUGGUCUGAUGGUUGUAAAGGCUGAUUUAAGGCGGCAAGCAGAAACCCUGGCCCAGACACAGGCUCUCCGACCCCAGCUGCCCACCACCACCACACCAGGUUCCUGCAAGAAGAGGGGCUGUGGGGCUGCUGCUGCACCAAGUGACACUGAGAACCGGCCUCCGCAGAAACGCCCCUUUUUCCAGUCUCUCUUCCCGACACGUACCCCAACACGUAAAUACAACACUCGUGCUGUUGAAGAAGCAAACCUUACCCCUUACUCACAGAUCUUGCGGUCUCGCCAGCAGUCUCCACCUCGCAGCCCCCUCCUCACCACUCGUAGUCUCAGGGGAAAGUACUGAGCUCUUUGGAGCAUCUUUGAUAUUAUGCAAAAGGUUAUAUUUGCUGGUAACUUUAUAGUAUUUUUAUAUUGCUUUGUAUAUAUUCACUUUUUGACAAAUACAGUCAUUAUGUUCAUACCAGUAAAACAGUUAUGCUGUAACUAGGAUUGCAGUGCACUACUAAGGGAAUUGAGAUGAUCUUGAGGAGUAAAGCUGUUCAGUGGCUGAUAAGUUAUGGGCUGUAUGGUAAGAAUAGUGCAUGUGUGUGUUGCUAGCCUUUACAAAGAGAAACAGAGUCCCAACAGGUAUGCUUUAUUUCAACUAUUUACAUAUAUACAGCAUUGAUGAGGCAUGACUGCAAGUCCAAACGGGUCUUUGUUCUACAUGUUGUGUGUGUGUGUGUAUAUAUGUAAAUAGUUCAAGGUGUCUCCUCUUUGCACUGAGUGUUUGUGCUCUGAAAGGAUCUUUGUGCUUUUUUUUUUUACACUGUUGAACUAGCCUUGAAUUAUA